GUUAUAUUGCUUUUUGGGUCUGGAGGCUCAUAAAACCCUAAUUUGUGCAUUCCGAUAUUUCGCUCAAUCUCUACCGUCUGCUAUCAGAUUGAAGUUUGCGGCUUUCAGCUUUCUAUGGCGUCCUCUGCCGGGGAAGGAACAUCUUACGAAGGCGGUGGGGUUGGGGGGAAGUUCCGAAAGCGUCCAUUGCGAAAGACCCCAUCCACUCCAUACGAUCGGCCACCGACUACACUUCGGAACCCUAAUACAGAUGGCGGGUGGUUCUCGAAAAUUAUUACCCCGGCAUCUAAACUCGUUACCUCCAGUGCACAAUUGUUCUUUUCGUCCUUACUUCGCAAGCGCAUCGCUCCUCCACCUCAACAGUCACAACCAGAAAUUGACAGAGAAUCAACAGAAAGUGACCAGGAGGCUGUUCAAAUUAGUCCCAGAGUUCAUCAAUCAGCUGUACAUGAUCAGAAAUGCUUACCUAGCAGCUUUGAUGGAAGUGGGAUUUCAGAACUUGAACAAACACUAAAGCAAAGGACCUUCACAAGAUCUGAGUUAAAUCAUUUGAUGGAUCUUCUACAUUCAAGAACAAAUGAGCUUCCUGUCAAGGAUAAGGAAAAAAUAGCUGGAACAAGUCAAGGGCUUCCAAUAUUGCCUACAGUAAUACUUGACAAAGUUGCAGGUAGUCCAGUGACAGCCAGGAGAGGAAGUUACUUAGAGAGUCAAAAGUCUGCUGGGUGGAUUUCGUCUCCUGCUAUUAAUCCACAAGUCCUAGAAGAGAAUGUUUCAUCUCCGGCUGAACUUGCAAAAGCAUACAUGGGAAAUAGGACAUCAGAAGUGUCACCAUCUAUGUUAAGUUUUCGUGGUCAAGUACAGAAGGAAGAUGCAAUGUUGCGAAACAUUGUCCCCUUUUCUCCAAAAACAUCAGCUAUGUCAUUAGUAAGGACUACUGGCCGUGCUGCGAUUCCUGAAAAUGGUUUUAUUACUCCUAGAUCUCUUGGGCGAUCUGCUAUUUACAAUAUGGCUCGUACUCCAUAUUCCAAGGUUCAUCCAGCUUCAAGUCAAAAGACCCUAAAGCGUAGAAGUGCUAUGGAAGAUGAUGAGUAUGGGUCUGUUGGUCCAAUACGAAGGCUCCGACAAAAGACUAAUCUUUCUACUACGAAUUCGAUAAAUCGCUUUGUAGCUCGAACUUCUCUUGCUGGUGGGAUUGAUUCUGAUGCUGUCCAAGAUCCCUCCUCUUCAAAAAGGGCGGUCCUAUCUUUAGAUGAAUCUGGUAGCAGAAUUCCUUUAACAGUGGGAAAGUCUGGGAAGGGAAUUCGUGGUGCAAGUUAUACUUCUAUUCCUUCUAAAUCCACUGCUGUUGCUACAAGGAUAUUGGAACAACUCGAUAAAUUGGUUCCUAAGGAACAAUCACCACAAGCCAAACUGGAUAUGUUGGGGAAGUCACAUGAUAUGUUAACCACUGAUAUGCAGCAAGGACCUCUUAGAAGCCCUGAGAAUGUGGAUUCGUCGCAGAUUCUGCAAGGUUUGCAAGAUCCUCAGAUUCGUGGAUCUUUUUCUAAUACUUAUAAUGAUGCUACCUCAAGGAAGCAAUACAAAGUGGAAGAAAAUGGUGAAGCACUUCAUUCAGAAAAAAACACUUUCACUUCUAUUAAAAGGACAUCACCUUCUGAUGGAAUUGCAACACCCGUAAAAGAAUCUGUCUUUCAACCACUCAACAAAAGGGGCUUUCAGAUGAGUGCACAUGAGCACUCUUGGGAUAUGGGUGAUGACACUGAUUCCAACGAAGCUGCUCGUAAAUCAGUGACUGAAGGGAAAGGAAAAUUAGAGGAACUCGUGGCACAAAGCAAAUCUUCCCCUACUGAAGCUCUUAGGUUGGCCAAAAGUCCUACAUCUGAAACAAAGUCACCAAUUAAUCCUGUAACACAGAAAACCACUGGUUUUGGUUCUUUUUCGGCUGAGAAGAUAGUUGCCUUUAAAGCUGUUGCUCCUCACCCUCCUGCAACAACCUCUGACCCAAAAGUGGCUGAUAUACCUUUGUUUAGUUUUAGUUCUAAACAUGUUGAUAAGGUUCCUUGUCCCCAAUUUUCUGUAUCUCCAGAAGGUGGAACUUCAAACACCAAGUCCAAUCCUCCAUCAGAUAUCAAAGUAGCAAGCACAAACAGCUUUCCCGUAUAUAGUUCAGGUGCAGCCGACAAUACCUUCCAGAUAUCUGCCUCAGAUAAAGGGAAAAACAUGGAAUCAAAAGCAACUGCAGAAGUAAUGUCGAAAUCUGUUCCUUCAUUCUCUGUUCCGGUUCCAAUCUCAACUACAGCAGCCAACAUUUUUGGCUUAGGCAAUGCUGCUGAUAAAUUGAGUAAUGGCGAAGCAAGUUCAGUUUCUUCUGGUGUACCAACUUCAUCAUCCGCUAGCAGUAUAUUCACUUUCAGUAAUCUUGCCAACAAAUCAGAUAUGGGAGAUAAGAAUGUGCAGGCAACAACUGUAGAAGGGCUUACAUCAGUUUCUACUGCCAUUCAAACAUCAACUAGCAGCACUUUUAAAUUCGGCAAUCCUGAGAGCAAACCAAUUAUCAGUAAUGGUUUAGUGGCUUCAAGCAGCAGCCCUAUGGCAUUCUCAACUAGUUCGGCCCUUGGAAGUUUUACUAAUGGAUUUUCUCAGACAGCCAAUUCAUCUGUGAGUACUCCCAAUGGAGCUAUCAAUCCCAUCACUACACCCUCCACAUCAUUAUUUAAAUUUGGAGGUGCUCCAUCCUCAUCAUCUGCUUCUGAGGCAGUUUCAACUGAUUUGAAGUCGAAAAAUGAGAAAGAAGCAACUUUUGGCAACCUUAUCGGUGCACCGGCAGCUACUGCUGGGAACAACAUAUUUGGAUCCACUUCAACAGUCCCUUCAUCAUCUUCGUUUCCUGGAACUUGGCCUUCAGCAGAAAAAAAAAGUACGCCAUUUCAGUUUGGGGAAUCUUCUUCUGCAGUCUUUGGUAAUUCAACAAAUAGCUCUCCAUUUGGUUCUUCAAGUCAGAACAUAUUUGGCUCAAGCAUGGGUGGUGUGGGUGCAAACACUUCUUCAACCAACACUUCUUCAACCACUAGCAUGUUUGGUUCGAGCACUGGCUUUGUUUUUGGACAGUCAAACUCUUCUUCAGCUGCUGCUGCUGCAACUGUCAGCAAUUCACCAAUGGGUUUCGGUUCAGUUUUCUCGUUCACAUCAGCUACACCUACAGCUACUGCCUCUACUUCUCAAGCACUGCCUAACUUUGGCAGUUCUUUCCCGUCCUUCACCACUUCCACUAACAACAAUAUUGGGGACCAGAUGAACAUGGACAGCAGCAUGAACGAGGAUAUUGUACAAUCUUCCCUCCCUGUGUUUAGUCAGCAGCCUCCUGCUGCAUCUCCUUUUCAGUUUGGUUCAACGGCUCCUUCGGCUCAGCCAUCGAACCCUUUUCAAUUUGGCCAAGUUGGUCAAUCAAACCCACCACCACCUGCUUUUCAGGCAUCGGGCAUUGUAGAUUUUAGCGGGGGAGGGGGAGGAGGAGGAGGAGGAGGUAGCUUCUCCUUGGGCACUGGUGGUGAUAAAUCUAACCGGAAAUUUAUAAAAGUGAAGCACAAGAACAGGAAGAAGUAAUUUGUGCAGGUAACUGGCCAAUUAUUCAAGAGUCUAAAAUAUCUAUAUCACAGUCGUCGCCUUGAUUGAUAUAUGGGGGGAUGGGUUUAUAUCUUGAAUUGAUCGGGCUGAGCUGGGCUAACCAAGAAGCUCAAGUUGUGAUUGUCUUUGUGUCCUACUGUUAUUCUUCUUCAUUUUCUUUGUUGGGUUUUGUUGCAGGCAUCGAAGGAGGUGUAGUAGUAGGAGUCCACAAUUUUGAUUGUCUUUUGGAACUAUAAAAAACUGUCCGUAUUGGUGGUAGAAAAUUCUUGGGUUUUAUUUUUUGUGUCAUUUGUGUAAACAAAACAUAGAACUGUCAUUAAGGAAAAAGAAUUUCAAUUUGGGACUUUCCA